UUUCUUGAUAUCUCUCCUGCUGGUUCGUGGACUGUCUUUCAGAGGUUCCAAUUAAUUCAAAAAUUUGGGCAUUUUUCUUCUUCUGAAUUUCAACUUUCAGUUGAUCUCUUCAGCUGAAUUUGAAUUUUCAUUUCAUUGGUCAGAUCCCAUUUUUCAAGAUCCCAAAAGUCGUCUCCUUUCUGGGUAAAAAAGCAAGUUAGGGUUUCCUGCUUCAAUUUGAGGAAUUUGCAAAAGCUGGUAUCUUUUUCUGAAAUUUCUUGUUUUGUUUUGGGUCGAUCCAAGGAAGACGUUACAUGACUUGUCGGAUGUUUUCACUUUGGUGAGAAAACAAAAGAAGAUGUUUUAUUCGCAGUUCAUAUUAGCAAAAAAGGGACCCCUUGGGACCAUAUGGAUAGCUGCACAUUUGGAGCGGAAGUUGAGAAAGAAUCAAAUUGCCGAUACAGAUAUCGGCGUCUCUGUGGAUUCGAUUCUUUUCCCAGAUAUGCCAAUUGCAUUGCGGUUAUCCAGUCACCUUCUUCUUGGUGUAGUGAGGAUAUAUUCAAAACAGGUGAACUACCUUUUUGAUGACUGCAGUGAAGCUUUGCUCAAGGUAAAACAAGCAUUUCGCUCUGCUGCUGUUGAUUUGCCACCUGAAGAAUCAACAGCACCUUAUCACUCAAUAACGCUGCCAGAGACUUUUGACCUUGACGAUUUUGAGUUGCCAGAUACUGAUAUUUUUCAUGGUAACUAUGUUGAUCAUCACAUCAGUGCGAAGGAGCAAAUUACUCUCCAGGACACAAUGGAGGGUGCGGUCUAUUCAACAUCACAGUUUGGAUUGGAUGAACGGUUCGGUGAUGACGAUACGUCCAGAUUGGACCUUGACGAGGAAUUGUUUCUGGAGAAGGUUACUGGUCCCAUAGUGGAUGGAGAUAUGCCGAUUUCAUAUGUGGAGGGACAGCCAUCUAAUCCUGGACUAAUUCACCUUAAAGACGAGGAUCAAGAAAUGCUUACUGACAGCCCAGAACAGCCGAUUGCUGACGCUGAAAAUGAGGUUGGGCAAUUUGAUUUGGAUGACUAUGCUCAGCCCCCAUCUACUCCAGGGUUAUUGGAGGAACCGAACUUGUCAAACAUCCAAGAAGUUUCAGCUUGUGAGGAUCACAUGGAGGUUGAUGACCAGAUUAUUCAAGAACAGGCUGUUGAAGAUAACUUGUUGAAUGCUACCAGCAAGUGGCCUAAGGAUGAGUCUGUGUUAGAAAACGAUUGUCAAACAAGUGGCAAAGAAAUUAACCAGUUGGCAGAGUUUGACGGAAUUGGCAAGGAUGGUGAGCUUGUUAGUGAUUUGAACCACCAUGGAUUGGAUGAAACUAUAUCUACACCAAUAUUUUCUCAGCAUACACCUGUUCUUGAAUCAUGUGACGUUACUGGAAAUCCUGACUUAUCAAAUAGUGUAGUCAAUGAUAAUGAUGCCUCUAAAAAUUCUGAAAAUCCUGAGAAUGUCCAAAAUCUAUUACUUGAUAAUGUGGUGGCAUCAAAUGCUGAAAACUUGCAACAAAACCCACAGAAUGAGGUGGCCUCUGAAGAAAUCCAGUUGGAAGUGAACGAGACAUGCUUUCCACAAGAACCUGAGAUAGCCUGCAUGGUGGAGCCUCUUUCUCCUGAAAAAACCCCAGCAGCUGAUUCUAGCAAAUUAGAUGCAUUGGAAAAUGUCAAUUUUGAUGAUACCGACUGGAGGAGUUUAGAAAUGUCCAAUAUUUCUGAUUUACCAGCUCCAGAAACGUUGCUUUCUGUCCCUGAAGGGCUCUCUGAAACACUGGAGUAUUCGAUGGUUGAUUUCACACCCAAUAUUGCAAAUACAGAGAGCAGCAAUGGAGAUGGUGCACGGGAAAACCUAAUUUCUGGCAAAAAGCGUACUUUUACUGAGAGCACGUCUGUACCAAGUUUAAUUUCAGUUGAAUCAUAUGAGCCGGAGCAAUCAAAAAGAACCAAGGGAUCCAUUCCUGACGACGAUGACUUAUUAUCUUCCAUUUUAGGUGGAAGAAUACCUUCAGUUUUGAAAAUGAAGCCCACACCUACGCCAUCUGAGUUAACACUCACGAAAAGGCCUCGCACUGUUGCCCGCACGACUGCUUCUAAAAAAAGGGUGCUUAUGGAUGAUAGUAUGGUUUUGCAUGGCGAUACGAUACGACAACAAUUGAUGAACACGGAAGAUAUACGUCGCCAGAGGAAGAAAGCUCCUUGCACUCGGCGGGAGAUUUGUAUGAUCCAGAAAGAUCUACUAGAAAUUGAGAUUUUUAUGGAACCCGUACUUACAGGUUUAUCAGCAGAUUUUGUUUCGUUGCAUGGCCAAAUGCGUGACCUGAGUAAGAUCAAUAUCUACAAGAGUGUUGCAAAAAAAGUGUCUUCCAUGGAUGAAGCUGACUUACAAAUUAGUAAUGACGGGAUUGAACUCCCUAUGGAAGGAGGACCUGAGUUGAUAAAUUCUGAACUAACUGGAAAAGAAAUUAUCCAUACAUCUACAGUUUCCGUAAAUGAUGAGGAGGUUGAUCUAUUACAUGCUUCUCACGCUGAAGAACAAAUGGAUAACUGUGUUGGUGUUCCUGGACCUGAGUUUACGGCAGAAGAAAUAACCAACACUUCAGAACUUGACCUUCGAGGAACAAGUAUUUCUGUUGAUGAAAUGUGUCCUGCUGAUAAUGGCCCUGUUUCAAUAAGUAUGGAUCAAUUACCUCCAGAAGCCACAGAUGAUACUGCUUCUUUGCAGAUGGAUACAUUGGUUAUGAUACAUGAGCAGGAGUUGAAAGCUCUUUCUUUUGGGACUAAUGAUUUUGAUGUAGCAGAGAAGAAUGGAGAGAGCAUUAUGCUUGACAAUGAACAGAAGGCAAAGGACGGGUUCUUUUCAGAAGGAAUUCAAGCUGAUGUUUCCAUUGAAACUUGUUGGCCAGUUGAGGAUGGUGAACAUGGCUUAAAUUUUAAUCCAUGUUUAUUGGAGGAGAAUGGGAAAGAAGAUGACAAGAUUGAAAACAUAAAUGAUACUGUUGCAGAAGAAUUGAACCACAAUGUCUUGAACCAGAAUCCUUUGAACUUUGAAGAUGAACCAAAAAUUGACACUGCUAUAGUUGUUGAUCAUGACAUGAACAUGAUACAUGAACCUAGUAAAGAUUCUGAAUGUCAUGACGGCGAGGGGUUUUAUCCUUCCUUGGUUGCAGAUGUUACUCCUACUGACUGUCCCACUAUGGAAGACAAUGAUUUCAAUUACCAGGAUGGACAUGAUACUGAGUUUCUCAACGUAGAUGAUGAUGAUGCUUUUGAAAAUGAUGAUGAUUGUAUUCCAAAUGGGGAACAAGCUGGUGUAAUGGAAAAUAGUGGAUGGUCUUCUCGAACAAGAGCUGUUGCCAAGUAUCUCCAAACCGCAUUUGAUAAAGAAUCAUAUCAAGGAAGAAAGGUUCUUGCAAUGGAUAAUCUCUUAGUUGGUAGAACUCGGAAGGAAGCAUCACGGAUGUUUUUUGAGGCACUGGUUCUGAAAACAAAAGACUUCAUCCAAGUAGAACAAGGAGUUGCGUUCAAUAACAUUAACAUAACGGCUAGAGGAAAACUCAUGAAAUCAGACUUCUGAUUGUCCACAUAGCUACAAACCAGUUAGAGAAAGAGAGAAUUUGUUUCUUGGUGUCUACCUGUUGUUAAUCCUCCUUCACCAAGUUUUGUUUGAACUCUUUUAGUAUAUUGGUUUGUUCUCUCUUUUUAUUUAGUAAUUAUUGCAGCUCAUAGUUAGUGAGCCAAAAGAAGCAUUAUAUCAAUCAUUAGUGGACUUUAUUUAUAGUAGCAAUAUACGAUCUAUUAACAAACAUGGGGUACAAUAUUUGUACAUAAAUCUGUCAAGUGUAGUCACAAUUGCUAAUUAUAUUUUUAUGGAUUUUAUGUCUGAA